CUGACCCACUGAAUUCAUCCAGCAUAUUGUGUGUGUUGCUCCAGAUUUCCAGCAGUGCAGAAUCUCUUAUGUCUAAGUAGUUUGUGCUUGGCGUUUUCUGAAACCUCAUUAACCAUAUUCUUAUGCCAUGGAAGACAACGAUGAUGUGGAUUUAUUAGCAUCUCUUUUGGAUGAAAAUGAGGAGGAAGAGACUGUUGCUGGUGCAGGAUGUUCACAGGAUGAACCAAAUGUGGAGGGAUCACUUGAGGCUGAUGAGUGGGAUGAACUGUUCGACAAGGAAGAGGAGGAUGGUGCCCACGCUAAAGAACUCAGGGCUCUCUUUGGGGAAGUGGAUGAUUUGGAGGAAGAGGAAGGGGAGAGCAAGAGUAUUACAGAUGCAACAGAAAUAAAUGAACAGACAUCUCCCAUUCCUGGUCAGAAGAAAUCUGAAAAAUCCAAGCUAGAACUCGAAGAGGAACUUGAAAGGAUGAAGGAGCAGAUGGAAAAAUUACAGCAGCAGUUGACAAAAGUUGCAGAUGGACGGAAUUGCAUUGCAAGUUCCAGAAAGGACUCACCUGACAACAAGCUGAAGGUGCAGGGUAUGAAGCAAUUUCUUGGUCAAGAGGUGUGUACUUCACAAAACAUCAAGAAAAACAAUUCUUUUCAGCAAGAUCGAUGUAGGUCAUCCUCUAGUGGUAGGCAUGAUCUUUUGAAAAGCAAGUCACGUAUAGCCCCAGAGCCUACGAAGUCACCAAAAGAGAGAAGUCCUCUAACUCCACCUGGAAAUGAGCAGCCACGUCAGCAUCAGAACAAACACAAUGCAAAUCAUCAAAAUUUGCCCACAACUUCACGAGCUCACGGAAGCCCAGGAACGUCACGUGCAGCAAAUACUGAUGUAUCUGUGGAUAAAUUCUCUGGCUUGAGAUUAAGAAAUCCAAUUGUUUCGUCAACAGAGAUGGAGAGAAAGAUGCACGGACGAAAGCUGAUCCGGUUCUCCCAGCUCCGCUCAAAGCUUGCAAAUGAAAAGCUCGAGGAUGUGGACUGGGUGACAUUUGGCGUUAUCAUCAAGAAAAUCACACCACAGAGUUCCAAUAAUGGUAAAACUUUCAGUAUAUGGAAUCUAAGUGAUCUGCGGAGCAACUUGAAAUUGUCUCUCUUUCUCUUUGGAAACGUCCACAAAGAGCAUUGGAAAACAGACACAGGAACUGUCAUUGGGCUUCUAAAUGCCAAUCCGAUGAAAUCCAGGGAUGGAACAGAUGAGGUUUGUCUAUCUGUUGACCACCCACAGAAAAUCCUGGUCAUGGGUGAAGCCUUGGACAUGGGAACUUGCCGUUCUAGAAAGAAGAAUGGAGAUCCCUGUACUCAGAUAGUGAACUUGCUGGAUUGCGAAUACUGUGAGUACCAUGUCAAAGCCCAGUACAAAAAGCUUAGUGCCAAGCGAGCUGAUUUGCAAUCCAGCUUCUCUGGUCGUGCUCCAAACAGAAUGAACGGCAAGCAUGGAAGUCUGAAAGAAAGGCUGUGUCAGCAAGGAUUCCACUAUGGAGGGAUUUCAUCAGCGUCAUACGCAGCCUCAGUUAAAACUAUGGGUCCUAGCAAAAGCGUUCAGAUGACCUUGACGCAGUUGAUGGUGAAAGGAGCUGAUGACAUUGUUAGAGAAACUAAGAAAAAUAUAGCAUUAACAAGUGGGAAGAAUUUGACAGGAUGCUCAGAGGAAUUUAAGGAUUUAAUGCAAUUACCUACUUUUGGAGCGCGUAAUCUCAAGAAACACCUAACGAAGGCGCCCAUUAAAGUUAACAAUGCACAACCAGGACCUACUAUCCUAUCAUUAUCUGCCUCUGAACUAUUAAAGCAGCAGAAGCAAAACAUGCUGGAAACACGCAAGAGGAAAGCUGAAGAGCUGCAGAAGAGCUUUUUGCAGAGUGAAGUUGUACACAGCAGCCACACAUUAGGAGCAGGAGGACUGUCAACUCAGACAUCACCCAAGGUUGGAGCAGAAUUUCCCAAAAAACAGAAAUUAGUCGCCACACCACAGACACCUAAACUGGGAGGAGGUCUUUCCCAAGGAGAAGAUAUUCUGUUUUUCGAUACAUCUCCACCAUCAACCUCAAAACUGAGCCAUUAUGUGGAUACAAAGAAGAUGGCUGCCAUUAUGAAGCUCCGUAAAAAAGGUGCCGUUCUUGCAAAGGAGGACCCCAAUAGCGUGAAGCAGAAACUGCCAGACACGGGUGAGAAGUUGUUGGAGCGUAUUGAGAAAAACCUUUCUUCCCCAGAUGGAAAUGAUGAACCAAUGUUAAAGAAGCACCGUGUCCAGCUGGAGUACCUGGACUCAGAAGAGUUUCGGAAAAUACUAAAUGCAAAAUCAAGACACAUUGGCACAAUCCAAGAGGCUGAAAUAGAGUUUCAAGAGCAGUAUUUUGAGCCACGUGUGAAGAAAGAGCAAAUGGAAGAAAAAAUGAAAAGCAUCCGUGAGAUGAAGUGUAGAGUUGUCACUUGCAAGAUGUGUAAAUAUACAUAUUUCAAGCCACUAGAGAUGUGUGUGAGUGAAAACCAUGACUAUCACUGGCAUGAUGCAGUCAAGCGCUUCUUCAAGUGUCCGUGUGGUAGCAGAGCGAUAGCAUUAACAAGGUUGCCAAAGAAGAGCUGCAACAACUGUGGCUUGUAUAAGUGGGAGAGAGAUGGAAUGUUGAAGGAGAGGAAAGGUCCAAAAAUUGGAGGAGAACUGCUGCUACCAAGAGGAGAAGAACAUAGCAAAUUUUUAAGUACUUCAAAAUGAAUCCUAACUGUAGGAAGUGUGAUGUAAGACAUCACAUUUUUAUAUAGACUCUAUCUGAGGUUCAUCAAUGGCACUACAGGAGAGAUGUUAUUUUCUGGUGCUAAAGAUUUCAACCCAGUGUCGUUUUUAAACUAAAAAUAAACGUCAGUUUUCCUAAUUUAUUCAUUUGGAUCAACAAUAUAUAUGGUGGGAGUUGUGUGUAGACACAGGCACACAUUUUUAAUCCCAUAUCAGACAUUAAUAAGUGAUGCAUUGUGACUGAACUUUUUUUAAAAAUUACCAAAAUGUAACUGGACCUGUGGGUUCUCUUCCAAUUCGGUGAAACUAACCCAGUGAACCCACAAUGAGGGGGAUUACUUAGCAAAUAAAUAAGGGGAAUGUGUUGGUGUGAAGAAGUUGCAGUUAACCUCGGUGGUAACUGGUUUGCACCUCAAAUCUUCCACUGGUUCUGUUCAGCUUUACAGAGACGGCUUGUUAUUUCUGAGUAAAUAUUUUUCCAGAAGUUCUUAUGUAUUUUUAAAAAUACUUCUUGCCUGUUACUAAAUUUGCAGAAGCCUUUAGCUUCGUCUUAAUUUGUCUUGCAACUGCCACUCCAGUAUUGGUAUUUAAUUGAUGAUUUUCUUAUAGGUACAGAGGAGGUUCGUGAGAGUGAUCCCAGGAAUAAAGGGGUUAACGUAUGAGGAGCAUUUGAUCGCUCUGGGCCUGUAUUCACUGAAGUUUAGAAAAAUGAGGGCAGGAUAUCUCAUUAAAAUCUAUUGAAUGUUGAAAGGCCUAAACAAAGUAGACAUGGAGAGAAUGUUUCCUGUAGUGGGGGAGUCUAGACCAGGGAGCACAGCCCCAAAAUAGAAGGACAACCCUUUAGAACAGAGAUGAGGGGGAAUUUCUUCAGCCAGAUGGUGAUGAAUCUAUGGAAUUCAUUGCCACAGGCAGCUGUGGAGGCCAUGUCAUUGGGUAUAUUUAAAGUGGUUGAUAGAGUUUUGAUUAAUAAAGGCGUCAAAAGUUAUGGGGAGAAUGGGGUUGAGAGGAAUAAUAAAUCAACCAUGAUAGAAUGCUGGAGUAGUCUUGAUGGGCCAAAUGGUUAAAUUCUGCUCCAAUGUCUUAUGGUCUCAAUAGUAAUCUAGGACUAGUUCAAAUCCCACUUUGGGAAAUUUAAAUUCUGGUAAUUAAUUAACUCGGUAAUAAAGGAUAGUGGGAUAUUUGUAAUAAUGACUAUGAACUUUCCUGAUUAUUGUUGAAGCCAUUUGAAGUCUCACCUUUUCCUGAUUUGUUUGUACUUCCAGACCAACAGAAAAAUGUUUGAAAUGGCAAGCUACUUUUUUUGGAGUGGCCAGUAAACACUAGCUUUUCCAGUAAUUUCCACAGGUAAUGGGGGGCGGGGGGGGAUCAUUAAACUGGCAGUCUCUCCAGAUUUAUUAAUGGUAGGACCCAGUGUGUGGUGAACUUGGCGUUAGUAAGGUUAAAAAGAAUAGUUUCUAAAUUAAAUCACAUUUACUAGAUGAACACAUCAAGUAAGAAUUGUACAUUAACUUUUUCUAACAAGUAACCGUUAUGAGCUAAGUAUUGAAAGGCUAAUUAGCAUCAUAGAGUAAUAGAGCAACUCGUCCAUAUUGACUCACAACAAGCUGGAGGAACUCAGCAGGUCGGACAGCAUCCGU